GGAUUGGACUCUGAACGUGGCCCAAUCUGGCAACCCGGAUGUGACAGCCUGUUCAAACAAACAUGGCGGACGCUGCACAGCCUGAGCCGGAGCAGGAAUUAGAGAUCAAGAUUCAGGAAACGCGUCAGAGGUUUAAACAUGAGUUCAUACAAGACGGCACACAGAAGUACGACAGCAGAGACGUGGAGCGACUCCUUAAAGACGACGCUCUGGUGGAAAGCUACCUGACCUGGAGGAACUUCGUGGUGGACGACACACUGAAGAUGAUCGACGAGAGUUUUCAGUGGAGAAAAGAGUUUCAGGUGAACGAUUUGACCGAAGGCAGUAUUCCCAGCUGGAUGUUUCAAACCGGAGCCGUUUAUCUUCACGGCUACGACAAAGAAGGCAACAAACUCUUCUGGUUCAGAGUGAAGCUUCACGUUAAAGACUCUAAGUCAGUUGUGGAUAAGAAGAGGUACGUGGCGUUCUGGCUGGAGCGCUACGCUAAGCGUGAACCUGGAAUGCCUUUAACCGUCGUCUUCGACAUGUCUGAGUCCGGCAUCAGCAACAUAGAUAUGGACUUUGUGAAGUACGUCAUCAACUGCUUCAAAGUGUAUUAUCCUAAAUCACUGUCUAAAAUGAUCUUGUAUGAAAUGCCCUGGAUAAUGAACGCUGCGUGGAAGAUCGUUAGGACGUGGCUCGGCCCAGAGGCCAUCAGUAAACUCAAAUUCGUCUCCAAAAGUGAAGUCCAGACGUAUAUAGAUGCUGAACAUCUCCCUCCUCACAUGGGAGGAACGGACCAGUUUAAAUACAGCUACCCGCCGCUCCCGGACGAUGACUUCCUGUCUCCCAUGUGUGAGAACGGGCCGAUCGUCAGUGAGGACGAAAGCGAGACAAAGGACACGGAGUCGGAGUGUAAAGAAAGUCUGGAUUCCAGUUUCAACAUGGAACAAGCUGUCAGGAGCAAAAAGGUGAAUUUUGCAGAAGAAUCAGACAAAAUUGAAAGUCGACUCCGAGGAGCCAGGAAACCUCUGACCACCUUUAAGGGCACUUUGCUGCACGUCAGUCCAGCUGAGGAACUGAGUUUUGGCUUCAGAGAAACUGAGAAAAGGUGUCUCAUCGUCCUGAGCAACGUCACCAAGAACCAAGUGGCCUUUAAGGUACGAACAACGGCGCCAGAAAAAUACAGAGUUAAGCCGAGCAGCAGCACCUGUGAGCCCAGCACUAAUGUAGACAUUUUAGUCUCAUUACAUGGAGGCUUCCAGGCAUCUCCUCAGGACAGGUUCUUGAUCAUGGCAGCUGAGAUGGAACCAAACUCAGGAACAUCUGAACUUUCUCAGUUCUGGAAAGAAGUAUCGAAACCUAAAGUCAUGGAGCACAGGCUUCGCUGUCAGGUUCUCGAGCCUCCUAAAUCUAUUUUGAGCAAUUUAAAUGAUGUCACUUCUGCUAACAGUGCAGAUGAUCUACAAUCAGCGCUCACACGGAUCAUGGUCACUAAUUCACGUCUGGAACAGAAACUGGAGACGUGUUUAUGGGUUCAGAAGGUUCUUCUGCUCAUGGUUUCCCUUCUGAUGGCUUUCAGUUUCUCCAGCAUGUAUUCAGUUUGGACCUCAUAGCCUGGACAGAUCAGGAGUAAAUAAAUAAAAUACAUGACCGAUAAGCUGCUGAGCGUCAGAGGAUGUGUAUGACCUCAUGGGCUCACAGGACACGACGCCUCUGACCGAACUGAGCCGAGAAAUCUCUGCGUGAUGAAGAAUUUAAUAUUCAGAAUUUAAUAUUAGUAAUAAUCUUAUUAAUGAUGUAUUUUUUAUGACAAUUUUAUGAUCAUGAAAUGUUUAAUUUAUAACAGAUGCAGUGUAGCUUGUAUAGUAAUUAUUAAAAACAUAACUU